ACCUUACAAACCCAACAAAACGUAAACCAACAAUUUUCUAAUUGGAGCAAUACAUGGCACCAGAACUGGUUAUAUCUUAUAAGUUGUUAAGAAAACGCUUCCUGUUACGUUCAAGUCAUUGAUAAUGACAUUGUCCUUUAUCAGAAUCAACAAGUGACUUUCCUAAGCAUCGUUUAUUUUUGCAUAUGCAGCUGUGCCCAGCAUCUCUUCUCCCUCAUCACCCUUCGCCAGCAUCCCUUCUCCACCAUCAACCGCCAACAUUUCUUCUCCAAGGUCUUUGGAAUUGAGGUCAAGAAAAGAAUAUACGUCAGAACUACAUUCUGUACUAUAAGUAACUUAUUAUCUAUUGCUAAUUGAGGACGUAACAUUAUCAACUGAACUCUGACAUUUCAUCCAACUCCAGGAAAUGGAAGGUUUUCUCUUGACACAGUAGCAAGAACUUUUUGUCAUGAUUUUUAUAAAAGACAGUAAUGUAUAAUGUUACUUGAUAAUAUGGAAAGUAACGCUAUGAAAAGGAAGUUUGGGUAAGUUGAAAGAAUGUUUCUUAGACAGACACAAAAUAUUUUGUGAAACAAAAACAAAUUAUUGUUUUUUGCUUGUGAAGCUGCAAGAUAAAAAUGGCUUCUUUAACUUCACUUAUUAGUAUAGAAGGCAUGACAUGCCAGUCAUGUGUGCGGAACAUAGAAGGAACAGUGAGUGCUCUUCCUGGGGUGCACUCGAUUAAAGUUGAUUUGGCAAGAAAACAAGGAACUGUAAUUCACAAUUCAUAUGUGAUCACUGGUGCACAAGUUGCUGACAGGAUUGAUGAUAUGGGGUUUGAAGCUAAACUUUUAAACAGAAACGUCUCUCCGGUGAAAAUUAAUGGAAACCAAUUGAUUCUGGAUGAUGAUAAGGAAGACAUUGCAGGGAACAUGGACAGUAACAUCAGAGUUGCAAAUCUACUGGGAGAGCCUAUCACCUGUGCCUGUGGUGACCAGCUAAUUCAAAUUUCUGUUAAAGGCAUGACAUGCAAUUCCUGUGUAAAGAAUAUUGAAGGCAAUAUUGGGAAACAAGAUGGCGUCCACUAUAUAAAGGUAUCUCUGGAAGAAGAAGUAGCCACUCUCAUCAUAGACCCAGCACACACUUCGAGAGAAGUCAUCAGGACGAUAAUAGAUGAUAUGGGUUUUGAAGCUACACUCUUGGAAACUGAUGCAUCUAUUGUAACUGUGGGUAUUAUAGGCAUGACUUGUAUAUCAUGUGUGAAGAACAUAGAGUCAACAGUUGGAGGAAAACCAGGUGUCUUAUCCAUAAAGGUGAGUUUGGAAAAAAAAAUGGGAAUAAUUACAUAUAAUCCUCAAGAAACCAACCCAGGGCAGCUGCAGAAAUACAUAUGUGAUAUGGGAUUUGAAGGAACACUUCAAGAUGCUUUACAAUCUGGUGAGAAGUUGGAAACCUGUAUAAUAUCCAUUCAGGGAAUGACUUGUAACUCCUGUGUUCAAAACAUAGAAUGCAGUAUAGGAGUGAAGGCUGGCAUUAAGAGCAUAAAGGUUAAUUUAGAAAAAGCUGAAGGAAGAGUGGAGUUCAACCCUGAACUAGUAACUGGUGAUCUAAUAGCUGAUAUGAUUGAAGAUAUGGGCUUUGAGGCCUGUGUGAACACAGAUGAAUCCAAUCAGAGGCAGCCAGUGAUGAAUGGUAAAGUACAAUCAUCAAAAUUAUCUCGAGAAGUGAGUGUCACCAGUUCAUGGCAAGAAAAUGUUGCAUUUGAAGGAGAUGAAGCAGAUCUGGAGAAGUGUUUCCUCCGAAUCACUGGUAUGACCUGUGCCUCCUGUGUGGCAGCUAUUGAGAAACAUGCUAAAAAGAUCCAAGGUGUUCACAGUAUCCUUGUAGCACUAAUGGCAGCUAAAGCAGAAGUGCGAUUUGAUCCAGCCUUGGUACUGCCACAGCAGGUGGCUAGCAGCAUCACUGAGCUGGGCUUCCCAACCACUGUACUGGAGGAGGUGGGGGCUGGUCAGGGUGAGGUAGAUCUGGAGAUAACAGGGAUGACUUGUUCCUCAUGUGUUUAUGCCAUUGAAUCAAAUGUGAAGAAGUUGAAAGGUGUGAAAUCAGCUGUUGUGGCUCUAGCAACUGAGCGUGGCAAGUUUCAUUUUGACCCUGCAGUCACUGGCCCUCGAGAUAUUAUUGACUGCAUUAAUAAUCUUGGCUUCACUGCCGCUCUGUACACAAGUGGAGUAAAUAAGGGCAGCUAUCUGGAUCAUAGAAAAGAGAUAAAUAAAUGGAGGAAUUCAUUCAUUGUAUCUCUCUUGUUUGGUGUGCCAGCUAUGUUGGUGAUGGUUUACUUCAUGGCUAUGAUGGAGCACAUGUCACAUCAAGAGAUGUGUUGUGUAUUACCUGGCCUUUCCCUUGAGAACUUGCUUCUUUUCCUUCUGUCCACUCCAGUUCAGUUCAUUGGUGGCCGUCACUUCUAUGUACAAGCCUUUAAGGCUCUGCGGCACAAGACUGCAAAUAUGGAUGUGCUUAUUAUGCUGGCAACAACAAUCUCGUAUAUAUAUUCGUUGGGAGUAGUACUCGCUGCCAUGAUUUUGCAGCAGUCAGCUAGCCCAUUAACAUUCUUCGAUACUCCUCCAAUGUUGCUGGUGUUUGUUUCUCUUGGAAGGUGGUUGGAGCACAUUGCCAAGGGCAAAACUUCCGAAGCUCUGGCAAAACUGAUGUCUUUACAAGCAACAGAGGCAACGCUGGUGACCCUCAACGAAAAUAAUGAGACUGUUUCCGAGAAGGUCAUUGAUGUGCAGCUGAUUCAGAGGGGAGAUAUGCUGAAGGUAAAACCAGGAGAAAAGGUUCCUGUGGAUGGCCGUGUCAUUUCUGGGCAAAGCAUGGCAGAUGAGUCACUCAUUACUGGGGAGUCAAUGCCGGUGAACAAGAAACCUGGCUCCCAGGUUAUUGGUGGUUCAAUCAACCAGAAUGGUCUUCUUAUGAUCAAAGCAACUCACAUUGGAAGUGAUACAACACUUUCACAGAUUGUUAAGUUAGUUGAAGAAGCACAAACAUCGAAGGCUCCCAUACAACAACUUGCUGACAAGAUUGCUGGCUACUUUGUGCCGAUGGUGGUCACAGUGUCGUCUGUGACACUCAUUUGUUGGAUUGUUAUUGGCUAUGUGAACAUAACACUUGUUGAUUCAGAAUAUUCUUCCAAGAUAACUGAGGGAUUUACACGGACAGAAAUAAUUAUGGAGUUUGCUUUUCGGUGUGCCAUCACUGUCCUUGCCAUUGCAUGUCCGUGUGCUCUAGGGCUUGCCACGCCAACAGCAGUGAUGGUGGGCACUGGAGUUGGUGCUACUAAUGGUAUACUUAUUAAGGGAGCAGAACCCUUAGAAAAUGCCCACAAGGUGAAGACUGUAGUUUUUGACAAGACCGGAACCAUUACCCACGGCACGCCAACAUUAGCCAAGCUCUCUCUCUAUGUGGACGAGACAGUGUGCACCCUCGCUCGAUUUCUUGCUAUUGUUGGAGUAGCAGAGCAUAACAGUGAACAUCCUAUUGCCACAGCCAUAUCCAAGUUCUGUCGUCAGGUGCUGGGCAACCUGAAUGCUCAAUGUGAAGGCUUUAAGGCAGUAUCUGGCUUUGGUUUGCAGUGCACAAUAUCUGGCACACACCACCUUGUCCAGGCAGCUGUUUCCUCAGAGAUGCUUCUCAAUGUGAAAAAUCUCACUGUCAAUUACAUAAAUGAGUAUGGACUGACAGACGUGAUGAAUCAGUCGCCACAAAAGCGGGAUGAUAUGUUCCUUAUUGGUGAUGUUUUGAUUGACUGUACCCAUGCACCACCACGCAAGUCAGUGGACACUGAAAACACUCCUCUUAUCUCAUCAACAUUAGCCAGUAGUACUACAGAUGAUGAACAGUGCAAGGAACCUUACAAGGUGCUUAUUGGAAAUAGAGAUUGGAUGAGCCAAAAUGGAAUAUUUGUUCCAAAAACUGUGGACAAGCAAAUGACAGAACAAGAGGAGUUGGGCCGCACUGCUGUACUUGCGGCUGUUAAUGGUCAGCUGAUGGGCAUGCUGGCUGUUGCAGACACUGUGAAACCAGAGGCUGCCUUAACUGUGUAUACUCUCAAGAAGAAGGGUCUGGGUGUUAUUCUUCUAACAGGUGACAACCAGAAGACAGCAGCAGCCAUUGCAAGACAAGUUGGCAUUACCAGAGUUUUUGCAGAAGUUCUUCCUUCUCACAAAGUGAAGAAAAUAAAACAGCUGCAAGAGUUAAGUCAGAAAGUGGCAAUGGUUGGAGAUGGUGUUAAUGAUUCACCAGCCUUAGCUCAAGCUGAUGUUGGUAUUGCUAUAUCCUCCGGCACUGAUGUUGCAGUUGAGGCUGCUGAUGUUGUUCUCAUUAGGAAUGACCUGGUAGAUGUGGUUGCUUGUUUGGACCUUUCAAAAAAAACUGUGCGCAGAAUCCAUCUUAACUUUAUAUUUGCCUCCAUCUAUAACUUAGUAGGGAUACCAGUUGCAGCAGGAGUAUUUAGACCUUUUGGAUUUUAUUUGCAACCAUGGAUGGGCUCAGCUGCAAUGGCAUUAAGCUCUGUAUCUGUGGUGUGUUCAUCUCUUCUGCUCAAAUUAUAUCAUAAACCUACUCGAGAAUCUUUAGCUACUCUGGACUAUCGCAAAGCACAAGAAGCUCGUCUAAUUGGGCAUGAUGAUGACAAUAUUUCAAUUCAUCGAGGCCUAGAUGACAUUCCAGCUCCUGCCACACCAACCUCGGCUCUCUCAAGAGUCAGAAAAAAUCUUCAGGGCCUUUACUUGUCAAGGAGAGCAGAAUGCCAGUGUGCAGGCAUGAGAUAUGGUGGAAAGUGUUCAUGCAGCUAUACUCAGACCCUGAAAGCCAGGUUCAACGCUAUAACAGGUGUGGAGUUAGGCGGUGAGAGUGAUGAGAUGGAAGAGCUCUUACCUAGAGUGAAUGUAUCUGAAGGAGAAGUAGGGGGAAUGUUUGAGCAUGCUAUUGGUGGUGGUGGUGGUGGUGAUGAUGAUGGUAAUGACAGACCCACAAUAGUGCCAUCAGAGUCUCUAGUGGUGCAGCUUUAAUGAUCUUCUACCACUUGCACUCUUGAUAUUUGGAUCUCUGCGAAGACCAGGGAGGCAGGGCCACAUUGCAGUUCCAACAGAUGAUGACUUGGACCUGGAGCUCAAGUUUAUUUCCCCAUGAUAGUUUUACACCUCUUACCAGACUUGUUCUACUAUUUUAUUGUAAAUUAAUUUAUAUUAUAAUUUUGGAAGAGUUUUUUGUCAUUAUAUUUGUUUCAUCACUUAGUCAACAGGAUUAUUAUUUAGUCCUUUAAAAAUUUAAUCCUGUUAAGAAAAUAUCAUUUGUUAUUAAAGUAACUGUUUUUGUAAUGAGCUUUAAAGUAUAGACACUAUUAUUGUCAUCUUAUACCGUAAGUUAAAAUUCUAUUUACUCUGUACAGUAUAUGAAUGUAUUUUAUAAUUGUAUUCACUGCAUUCACCUGUGUCUUUGGUGUCAGUCGUGUAUGAACAAGGGUCAUUGGGUCAAGGUAUAAUUUCUUUAACUAGAAAUUAUUUUUGCACAAAUAUUUCUAAGGAAAAUUUACCUCAGGAAUUUUGGUUUUCAGUACUGUAUGUACUGAAAUACAGAUGUCCUUCACUUUAUGCUGUAGGUGUGUUCCAGAUCAUGGCAGCUGCACUAAACUCCUUAAACAUUUAAUGGUGAAUAACAAGUGUCUUUGAUAUGCUUUGCAAUUUAUACUGAUUGCAACUGUACUAUACAUGGUGUACAAAAUUAAUUAUCAAUAGAAAUAGGACAUUGCUUAAUAGAGAAGUCACAUACAAUGAGGGAAAUCUUAAUGCUGACAAUUCUUUCUUUAAUUAAUCAGGCCUUGACUGAAAAAUUACCAGGUGCUGAUAAAUCUUACAUUCCAUGUGAACCUUAUUAAUUCCAAAUUUGUACCAUUGAAGAAUCCUGUAAAAAAAAAAAUACCUAGAAAAUUUUGGUACAUUAUGUAUGUACUGAAAUGUUUUAUGUUUUGGAUAGCAUGCAGGUGUCAGCUUAAAAUUUUCACCUCAUAUGCCAGGUCUGCCUAAAAACUGGUUUUAAAUGUCAGUACAGUGGAACUUCGUUUUUCAACCGUAAUCUGUUUCAGAAGGUCGGCCUAAAUUCGGUGGGAGACGGCCGACUUGUAAAAAAAAAACAAUUAAAUCCAUUCCAGACACCCAAAAAUAUUCACAAAAAAAUACAUUUUUUAAAGAUUAAUUAUAGUUUUACAUACACAAAGCAAGGAGAAUUAAAUAAAAUAAAGAAAUAAACAUUUAAAUCAGUAUUACAUACCUUUAUUGAAGACUUGUUGGCUUAUGGAGAGAGGGAGGACUGAUUAUUGUUUAGAAGAGGAAUCCCCCUUCAUAAGGACUUAAGGUAUCAAAGCCCUCUCUGGGGGUACAUCCCUCCCUGCCUGCUACACUCCCUGCCUCCCUUCCACACUCCCUGUUUCCUUGCUACACUCCCUGUUUCCCUGCUACACUUCCUCCAUGCUACACUCCCUGUUUCCCUGCUACACUUCCUGCAUGUUUGCUUGCUACACUCCCUGCAUUCCUGCUACACGCCCUCCAUGCUACACUCCUUGCCUGCCUGCUACACUCACUCCAUGCUACACUCCCUGCGUGCCUGCUACACUCCCUGAAUCCAUGCUACACUCCCUGCCUCCAUGCUACACUCCCUGCAUGCCUGCUAUACUCCCUGCAUGCCUGCUACACUCCCUGCCCAUGGCUUAUUUCACAGUUGCACUUAAUAAACAAGCCACAUCAGCUUCCUUGAGUUGUUCUUUCUUUGCCAGGAUAGAAGUGAUUGUUGAUUUGUUUUUGCCAUACAUCCCAUGGUGACUUACUAUUUCACAGUUGCACUUAAUAAAAAAACACCAAAAACAAUGGAUUUUAAGGAAAUGUUUGGGUGAAUGCUUGGAGUACAUAUGUGCUAACUUGCUGACAGACAAAGGGAGACUGACUCACCUGUGCACAGCAUCCUGGGCUGACGUGUCUAAUACGGCUGAUAUAUGAGGCAGUGGCCGAAAAAGGAGCAAAAUUUCUGCCGAAAAACCAGCCUAAAUACGAAUUGGCCAAUAAACAAAGCGGCCAAAAAAUGAGGUUCCACUGUAAAUAAAAUAACAAGGUUGUUAAUUUGGGAAGAAAACAAAUCAUGGACCACAUUUUCAAUAAUUACAAUAGGAACUACCUAAGCACAAUGCACUGGAUACUGCAUCAGGAAAUAUCAGGGUAUGCAAAAACAGUUUUUGCAUACUGACAGCAGAAAAAAUAUUACUACAUGAUAGGACUAAAUUACAUUGUAAUAAAUAAUUUAUCUUAUUUUCAGUAGUUUUUAAGGUAAGUAAAAUCAACCAUUUUCUAUUGGUUAACUGUACAGUAGAAACCAAUGUUCCUGACAAGCAGAGUUCUCUACAUAUAUAUAGAUUUUUAAGUACUGUAGGACAAAUUAAACAUCUUUCAACAAAUUGGCCGUAUCCCACCGAGGCAGGGUGGCCCAAAAAGAAAAACAAAAGUUUCUCUUAACUUUAGUAAUGUAUACAGGAGAAGGGGUUACUAGCCCCUUGCUCCCUGCAUUUUAGUCACCUCCCACGACACGCAUAGCUCAUGGAGGAAGAACUCUAUUCCACACCCCAGAGGGGUGUGUACAUGCUUGUACAUGCAUGUGUAGUGUGACCUAAGUGUAAGUAGAAGUAGCAAGAUGUACCUGAAAUCUUGCAUGUUUAUGAGACAGAAAUUAAACAUACUCCAGUAAAACUAUGCAAAAUUAUCACAUUGAAAAGAAACAGGUCAGAACAUUUUUGCAGUGCAUUAAUCAUUCUCAAGAAACACUGUAAAGCACACUAGCAAUAGGUGACAUCUACUCUAUAUAUUAUUACUGCAUUCAUGAGCGAUCACUAAAUCCGUAGGGGGUUAUACAGCACCUUACGAAAUGGAAGGCAUUCAGACUUGAUUCAAGGAAUUAGAGCACAGUUCCAAUUUAGAUCAAGAGUCCUUCAUCAGCAUAAGGAACCUCCCUUGAGGGGUAGAGUGUGUGUGUGUACUCACCUAUAUGUGGUUGCAGGGGUUGAGUCACAGCUUUGCCCCACCUCUUCACUAGUCACAGCUGUAUAGCCCUUGUGGCUUAGUGCUUCUUUUUGAUUAUAAUAAUAAUAAUUCACUAGUCACUACUAGGUUCAUUCUUCUGGCUAUAAGAACCUUUAAGCUAUUUAUAGAUUCUGCCUCUACCCUCCUCACACUCCAACAAAACAUCCAUUAAUACUAUUUAAUCAGGUCACUUCUAGCACACAUUUUAUACACACACAUUUACUUUACAUACAAGUUGAAAGGAAGGGCCAGGACCUGGGACUUACCCCUGGAACCACGUAUAAGUAAGUACAUAUACAAGAGGGCCCUGUUUUUAUGGCUGUUAGGUUCCUGACCCCAGCAAUAAGUGAAAAUUGCAGCAAGUGGAAAAGUGGUUUUUUCAAUGUCGAAUGCAUCUAAAAUGUCUGAUAACAUUUUUACACUGUCAUAUAUUAAGUGCUCAUUACAACUAGGCAUCAAGAAAGAUACAAAACUAAAAGAAAUACACAGUACAUACAAUACUUACCUUAAAUAUAUGGCACUGGUUGCCCUUUCCUUAUGCAC